AUGUACCUGGUUACUGUGCUUGGAAACCUGCUCAUCAUCCUGGCUGUCAGCUCAGACUCCCGCCUCCACACCCCCAUGUACUUCUUCCUCUCCAACCUGUCCUUUGUGGACAUCUGCUUCACCUCCACCACCAUCCCCAACAUGCUGGUGAACAUCCAGACACACAGCAAAGUCAUCUCCUAUGAGGGUUGCAUCACCCAGAUGUACUUUUUCCUACUGUUUGUUGUGAUGGACAAUUGUCUCCUGGCUGUGAUGGCUUAUGACCGCUUUGUGGCCAUUUGCCACCCCCUGCAUUACACAGUCAUCAUGAACCCCAAAAUCUGUGGACUGUUGGUUCUGAUAUCCUGGUUUACUGUGGUCUGCUUAUUUUAUGGCACAGCCCUAGGAGUGUACAUGAGCUCUGCUGUUACCCAGAACUCACACUCGACUGCAAUAGCCUCGGUGAUGUACACGGUAGUCACCCCCAUGCUGAACCCCUUCAUCUACAGCCUCAGGAACAAAGACAUCAAGAGGGCUCUGAGGAGUCUCAUUGGGAAGAAAGCAACAAUAGGGCAAGAUUCCUAG